AACCCUCAGCAGUAAACGAGUGCAGACAGAGAAAAAGAACAGCGUCCAUGAUGAUGUACCCAAAAUUUUACCUACGGCUCUUUACCUUCCUGGCAAUAAUCACUCUACUGGCUCUCUCAGAUGUGUCCAGUGAGAGUGCUCUACAAAAAAUUCUGAAGAAGAGAGAAGUGGAGAGUGAGGUGAAGGCGGCAGCAGCUGUAGUAGUUUCUCCUUCUAAGGCUAAGCAGUUCCUGCCUUCUCUCCGAAGGCCUAAGAGGAACCUCUGGGACCGUAGUCGUCCUGAUGUGCAGCAAUGGAUUCAGCAGUUUAUGUAUCUGGGGUAUGAUGAGGCGAGACUAGAAACUGAUCUGGCUUACUGGAAGGACUUUGCGCGCUCCACAGAUCAAGGACGGCAGCAUCACUAUGAUGAGAACGCUCCAAUGGGUCCUCGCUAUCCCACCUCUGACAGACAUGGAGCAAACGUCAACUAUGACUACUAUUAGCUUUUUUUCUCAUUAGUAAUGACCUCAGAAAAGAUUAAAACAGGCGACAUCCACCUUUCAGGCAGAUAUAUAAUAAAACCCAACAUGAUUUGAAUGAAAUUACCAAAGCAAUCUAAUAAGUUUAACUAAUCGCUGAUUAUCUUGGUUACCUGUAAUAACGCAACACAAUCAGUAACUUUGUUCCAUCUGACAUCUACUAAUAGCUUCAGCUUUAGAGAAAUCAUCUUCUCUUCAGUAAUCAAAAGCAUGCUAGGGUUAGUGUAACUUGUAUAAGUGUACAUCAGUACACUGCUUUUUUUAAACUAGCUUGUGUUUAUAUGCCUAAACUUUGCAGUGCGAUGCUUUAAUAUGUUUUCCGUUGAUGUGUGUGUGCAUGCGUUUUUGUUUAAUGAACAAAAAAAGUAAAAAAAUAAAAGUAAAUAAAAAGAA